AUUUCCUGGUUCGCCGGCGGCCAUUUUGGGUGGAAGCGAGAGCUGAGUGGCGGCGGCUGCUGAUUGUGUUCUGAGGGGACGGAGUGGGGGAAGACGUUUGCUCUCCCGGAACAGCCUAUCUCAUUCCUCCCCUCCGGUUCCCCGUGGCGCGGAGAGUCUAGAAGGCGGCUGCGGCAGCAAGGGCGGCGGUGGCGGCGGCGGCGGCAGCUGCAGUGACAUGUCCAGCAUGAAUCCUGAAUAUGAUUAUUUAUUCAAGUUACUUCUGAUUGGUGAUUCUGGUGUUGGAAAGUCUUGCCUCCUUCUUAGGUUUGCAGAUGAUACUUACACAGAAAGCUACAUCAGCACAAUUGGUGUGGAUUUCAAAAUAAGAACUAUAGAGUUAGAUGGGAAAACAAUCAAGCUUCAAAUAUGGGACACAGCAGGCCAAGAAAGAUUUCGAACAAUCACCUCCAGUUAUUACAGAGGAGCCCAUGGCAUCAUAGUUGUGUAUGAUGUGACAGAUCAGGAAUCCUUCAAUAACGUUAAACAGUGGCUGCAGGAGAUAGAUCGUUAUGCCAGUGAAAAUGUCAACAAGUUGUUGGUAGGGAACAAAUGUGAUCUGACCACAAAGAAAGUUGUAGACUACACAACAGCAAAGGAAUUUGCUGAUUCCCUUGGAAUUCCAUUUUUGGAAACCAGUGCUAAGAACGCAACGAAUGUAGAACAGUCUUUCAUGACAAUGGCAGCUGAGAUUAAAAAGAGAAUGGGUCCUGGAGCGACAGCUGGUGGUGCGGAGAAGUCCAAUGUUAAAAUUCAGAGCACUCCGGUCAAACAGUCAGGUGGAGGUUGCUGCUAAAACUUGCCUCCGUCCUUUUCUCACAGCAAUGAAUUUGCAAUCUGAACCCAAGUGAAAAAAACAAAAUUGCCUGAAUUGUACUGUAUGUAGCUGCACUACAACAGAUUCUUACCGUCUCCACAAAGGUCAGAGAUUGUAAAUGGUCAAUACUGACUUUUUUUUUUAUUCCCUUGACUCAAGACAGCUAACUUCAUUUUCAGAACUGUUUUAAACCUUUGUGUGCUGGUUUAUAAAAUAAUGUGUGUAAUCCUUGUUGCUUUCCUGAUACCAGACUGUUUCCCGUGGUUGGUUAGAAUAUAUUUUGUUUUGAUGUUUAUAUUGGCAUGUUUAGAUGUCAGGUUUAGUCUUCUGAAGAUGAAGUUCAGCCAUUUUGUAUCAAACAGCACAACCGGUGUCUGUCACUUUCCAUGCAUAAAGUUUAGUGAGAUGUUAUAUGUAAGAUCUGAUUUUGCUAGUUCUUCCUUGUAGAGUUAUAAAUGGAAAGAUUACACUAUCUGAUUAAUAGUUUCUUCAUACCUGCAUAUAAUUUGUGGCGGCAGAAUAUUGUAAUUUGUUGCACACUAUGUAACAAAACAACUGAAAGAUAUGUUUAAUAAAUAUUGUACUUAUUGGAAGUAAUAUCAAAUUGUAUGGUGAUAAGUAUUGUUUCAAUUCUAAUUCUUAUGGUUAAAGGGAAAUAGAACCUUGCAUUAUAUCAAAACAGCCUCUUGUGUGUGCAACCAGGGCAUAUAGACUAUCUUAUAUCUUAGAGCAGUAUCUAAUAUGCUUUCCAGAUAAUACCCAAUAAAUGACUUAGGGAGGCUUAUGUGUUCUGAGAUUUAGCCAGACUUAGUGGUUCAGGGAGAUUAAAUUUUAUGGGAAACAAGUGUAGAAUAUAUGCUAUCUAGCCUAUUAGUACCUUGAUCCUUCUUUAAAGCUAUUUGAAAUGGCUUCAUUUUGUUAAUUCAUCUGUGGUAGAGGUGGAAAACAGCACAGCUUUUUUUCCCCUAAUUGGCAAAUGAUCAGACUGCUGUGUUGAUGCUGUUUUUAAUCCAUGCUCUGAGUCAGUUGUCAACUGUGUUUGGAGGAGACUUAAAACAUUGAAGUAGAGAGUGAGAAAUUUAUUGUGAUUGCCCUAACUUUAGAAAUUAUAUCCAUACUGAAAACAUGAAUGCUGGGUAGAAAUAAACGAAAGAAAUAUAUUUAUUUCAGUGGAAUUUUGCACAUGUGAAAAUUUUGUUAAAUAGGACCUUAAAAGAUUCUAGGGUUUUGAGGGAAACAAAUCCUUUGCUGACACUGGCAUUUUAAAGUGACAGAAAUCAAGGGUUGUUUCUUAGGCUGGGAGUGGGAGGUUGGGGUUGGGGCUGAAGUGAGGUAGCAGCAGCCAAAAUAUUAUUUUAGACCUGGCAUGUGGCUAUUGACAACAGAGUUAGGUUUCUUCUUUAAUUCAAUGAUAAAAAUUUAAACUAAAACAAGCCAAAAAUUAAUAGGUUCCUUUAUUUUCACUAAACAGGCAAUUGAAAUACAUGGUACAAAAAUAAGUGGUAAGAUUAUUGUAAAACGAAAUGGACAGAAUAUUCAAAUUACAUUUUCCAUCUAUGAGAAUUUCACAAUAAAAUCAUAGUUUACUUUGUAUUAUA